AUGAUGCCCUCAGCCCCGGCGCCCCCACUCGCUCCGCCUGCUCCGCCCACCGCCCUCUCCGCUCGCUCGCCCACCCUCUCCGGCGCGCCCCCGCCCGCCCCACCCCCGCCCCCCCCGCCCCCCCUCCGCCGCCGCGCGCGCUCCCGCCCCGCUCCCCCGCCCUCUCCGCCCCCCCCUCCCCCCCGCGCCCCGUCUACAGCCCAUGCCGACUCGCCCCCGCCGCAUCGACCGCCGCCGGCGCGCGCCGCACGCCCGGCCAGCGCCGCCGCCCCCCCCACACCCCUCCACCCCCGCCGCCACCCCGCGCUCGCCACGCCCGCCAUGCGCGGCGCGCCUCCGCUCGCCCCCCGCUCUCCCCGCCCCCGCCCCGACCACCGCGCCCUCCCCACCCCUCCCCCCCGCUGCUUCACCACCCCCGCGCUCCCCCGCCCCCCCUCCCCCGCCCCUCGGACCCCCCCCCGAGCCCCCGAGCCCCGGCCCCGCCCCCCCGCCGCCCCUGGCCCCCCCGCCCGCCCGCCGGCCCCCGAGCACACCCCCACCCCCCCCCACCCCGCCGCCCGCACCUCACCCCCCCCUCUCACCCGCCCUUCCCGCUCCCCCCCCACCCCGCGGGCUCCCCCUCCCCUCACUCUCACCGCGCCCCCAGGCCCAAGCCCAGCUCUUGUGCGGGGCCCAUGCCCACACUCGUUGAAGGGGGCCCAUGCCCAGCUCUUUCACGGGGCCACAUGCCCACCGUCGUUGACGGGGCCAUGCCCAGCUCUUUACAUGGGGCCCAUGCCCACCUCGUUGACGGGGCCGCAUGCCCAGCCUCUUUCACGGGCCCAGUGCACCUCGUUUGGCCACGGGGGCCCAUGCCCACCUCUUCACGGGGGCCAGCCCACCUCUUUCACGGGGCCCAUACGCCCACCUGUUGACAGGGCCCAUGCCCACCUCUGUUGA